AGAGGGGAGGGAGAAGGGGGGUAUUUGACUCCUGUCUCCCCACCCCCAGUCCGUAUGAGGUGGAUUUAGGGAAGAAAGGAAUCUAAAACCUGGGACGCGGAGAUAACGAGAGACUCCCAAUAAAGAGAUACACAUUUGGAGAUCCGUGCGCGUAGCCGCCGCCGCCGCGCACGGAUUAUUGGAGGAUAUUUUAUUUUUCUUUUACCGGGGAGAUUCCGGCUUGGAGCGUGUGAUCUCUGGAGGAAAAAGGAAUACAAACGCACGGGGAAUAAUAGGGAGUAUUUUAUGCUCAAUCUCUCCGCUAACAAGUGACUCCACCGCUCGGGAAAGUGGGAAUAUUGCGGUUUUUUUUAUUCUUCUUCUCUUCUGCCGCUGGGGAUGCAACGUAACUGUUUUCUUCAGGGAGAAGUGACCGCUCUGAAUACGGAUCUAAAAGCGGUCCCCCGUAAACCAACUAGGGGGUAGUCUCAAAAACACGUUUCUCACGCCACUAGAAGUGCCGAGCUAACCCGCGUGAAGACCCCAAGCUUCCCUUGCGCAGCCUGGGCCUCGGCUCUCCGGCCAGGUCGAAGAUCAGUCCCACCCUGCCCCUCCUUGUCCCCCUUCCCUUCCGGAGCCAAGAUGGCCGCCAGUGGUGCCCCUCGCCUCUCCUUGCCACUCCUGCUGCCUGUGACAACUCUGCUGCUAUCAUUGCUGCUCGCCGGCUCCCACGCCUUAUCACCACCACGGUUCACUAAAGUUCCCGUCGACCAGAUCGGCGUCUCAGGGGGCGUGGUCUCCUUUGUCUGCCAGGCGACGGGCGACCCCAAGCCAAGAGUUAGUUGGAACAAGAAAGGGAAGAAGGUGAACUCCCAGCGCAUUGAGACCAUCGAGUUUGACGAGGGCGCCGGCGCUGUGCUCAGAAUCCAGCCUCUCCGAGCGCCACGUGACGAGAACAUCUAUGAAUGUGUGGCCGAGAACAGCGAGGGCGAGAUCACCGUCAAUGCCAAGCUGUCCAUCAUCCGAGAGGACCUGCUCCCGGUGGGCUUCCCUAACAUUGACAUGGGCCCUCAACUCAAAGUGGUGGAGCGCACUCGAACAGCCACCAUGCUCUGUGCCGCCAGUGGUAACCCCGACCCGGAAAUCACAUGGUACAAAGACUUCCUGCCCAUCGACCCCAGUGCAAGUAACGGGCGGAUCAAACAGCUACGCUCAGAAACCUUUGAGGGUACCCCGAUUCGAGGUGCCUUGCAGAUCGAGAACAGCGAGGAGACAGACCAGGGGAAGUACGAGUGCGUGGCGUCUAACGUGGAAGGCGUGCGCUACUCGUCCCCUGCUAACCUUUAUGUGCGAGAGCUUCGAGAAGUCCGGCGGGUGCCUCCUCGCUUCUCCAUUCCACCAACGAGUCAGGAAAUUAUGCCAGGUGGCAGUGUGAACAUUACAUGUGUGGCAGUGGGGUCGCCCAUGCCUUAUGUCAAGUGGAUGCUGAAUUCAGAGGACUUGACCCCGGAGGAUGAGAUGCCAGUGGGCAGGAACGUUCUUGAACUGAGCAGCGUCCGUGAGUCGGCCAACUACACCUGCGUGGCCAUGAGCAGCCUUGGCAUCAUCGAAGCUGUGGCACAGAUCACUGUCAAAUCCCUACCCAAGCCUCCAGGUACCCCUGUAGUAACUGAAACCACUGCUACUAGUGUCACCAUCACCUGGGACUCAGGAAACCCAGAUCCAGUGACGUACUACAUAAUCCAGUAUAGGGCCAAGUCACCAGACAGCAAAUAUGAGACGGUGGAUGAUAUCACCACUACACGUUACAGCAUCGGUGGCCUCUAUCCCAACACAGAAUACGAAAUCCGUGUCUCAGCUGUCAACACAAUUGGCCAGGGUCCUCCCAGUGAGCCUGUAGAAACUCGGACUGGUGAACAAGCCCCCGCCAGUCCGCCACGAAACAUCAAAGCCCAGAUCCUUCGCCAAAACACCAUGAUGGUGCAAUGGGAAGAGCCAGAGGAGCCCAAUGGGCAGAUCAAGGGCUACCGCGUCUAUUACACCAUGGAUGACGCCCAGCCCAUGAACCAGUGGCAAAUCCACAAUGUCCAGGACAGCAUCAUCACCACUAUCCAGGGUCUAGUUCCUCAGGAGACCUACACGAUCAAAGUUCUGGCGUUCACGUCUGUAGGUGAUGGACCUUUUUCGGAGCCCAUUCAUGUCAAAGUACUGCAAGGAGUUCCAGGUCAGCCAUCCAAAUUCCAGGUUGGGGCUGUGUCUGACACCAGCAUUGAACUGACCUGGGAACCCGCCUAUGAGAAAGAAGGAAUCAUAAAUUAUGAACUUCGCUUCUCUGAGGGCAGUUUUGGCACCCAGAUGAAGAAGACAUUUGGACCCAAAACUUCCUAUGUUGUGGAAGGUCUAAGCCCAAACACCGAGUAUCACUUCUCCCUGGCAGCUGUCUCUAACAAAGGCAUUGGAGCCUUCACAAAUGACAUUUCGCAGAAGACCUUACAAGCCAAGCCCUCAGCUCCCCCUCAAGACAUUAAGUGCAGGAGCACCAGCUCCACCACCUUGUUGGUAAGUUGGCGCCCCCCGCCUUUGGAGAGUCAGAAUGGCGCCCUGGCGGGGUACGGGGUGCGCUACCAGGUGGUGGGCCUGUCGGAGGGGGCCGGUGACGAUGGCGAACCGGCCGAGGAGGCGACCGUGCCUGCCACUGAAGAGCAGGUGUUGCUGCAGCGGUUGGAAAAGUGGACCCAGUACCGCAUCACUGUGUCCGCCUCCACUGUGAUUGGGUCGGGCCCCGAGAGCGAGCCUUUCAUCUGUCGGACAGAUGAAGACGUUCCUGGGGCUCCUCCGAGGCGGGUGGAGGUGGAGGUCCUGAACUCCACAGCGCUUAAGGUGAUGUGGCGCUCCCUGAUCCCGGGCAAACAGAACGGCCAGAUCCGUGGCUACCAAGUUCACUAUGUGCGUGUGGAAAACGGCGAGUCACGUGGACAGCCCUUCAUCAAGGAUGUCAUGCUGGCUGAUGCCCAGUGGGAAACGGACGAUACGGCUGAAUAUGAAAUGGUCAUUGGAGGACUCAAGCCAGACACCACUUACUCCAUCACGGUGGCAGCGUACACCACCAAAGGGGACGGAGCUCGGAGUAAACCUAAACUGGUGGUGACCAAAGGGGCAGUGCCUGGUCAGCCCUAUCUGUCAGUGGCUCAGGACUCAGAGACAUCAGCCAUGGCUCGCUGGGAUCCUCCAGACCUGACCAAAGGCAUGGACCUGCAGGGUUACAGGCUCCAGUUUGGCCGAAAAGAUGUCUUACCUUUGGCCACACUGGAAUUUGCUCCCCAAGAACGGCAGUACUCUGUGGGGAACAUUCACCGGGGAGCCACUUAUCUCUUUAAAAUCUCAGCCAAGAGCAGGGGGGGCUUUGGGGAAGAGGCUGUGGUGGAACUCACUGUGCCUGAGAAUACGCCAGGGGGUUACCCUCAAAUUAACGAGGGCUCCAAUGUGACAUGUUGCUCAGUGCAGCUGUCCUGGUCCCCACCAGUGCUGGCAGAGAGGAAUGGGGUAAUAACAGAGUACACAUUGGCCUAUAAAGAAGCCGGCACCGGAGAAGCACCACAGGAACUCCACUUGCCCCCCAGCCAGUCCAGCUAUGUGCUCAACAGCCUCAAACCGAACUCGGCAUAUGAUGUGAAAAUACGUGCACACACCAGUGUAGGUCCAGGGCCCUACAGCCCGCCUAUCCAGUAUCGGACGGUGGCCUUUGAUCCAGCAGAUGUCCCAAAGAAUUUUACUGUCAAGUGGGCCACCAAGACUACAGUGGUCAUUGCGUGGAAGUUUUCUGAAAGCAGGUCUCCAUACAAAUGCACAAUUGAGUAUAACCGUCAGAAGAUGGACGUGGAUGCCAGGCAGCUGAGGGUGCUUGUCACUGGGCUGAGGCACAACACCACCUACGAAUUCAGGGUUACUUGCCAGGAAAGCAUGGACGGUGGGCAACGGCACCAUGUGGUAGCCAGGACUGCGCCACUCAUCCUGGUCAAGAAACCCAAGUUGGACAUUUACGCUGAGCCAGACAACAUGCUCACCAUGUCCUUCCCACCAGUCGAUGGCAAGGAUAUCAAGCAUUUCUAUGUAGUAGUGGUGCCACUUAAGAGGACCUCAGGGACGGUUAAAAACCUGAAAAACCCAGAUGAGAUGGACAUGGAAGAGCUUCUGCGGGAGGUGGUCCCAAAGCGCCGUUCACGCCGUCAGCUAGCUCAGCUGGACCAGAGAAAGCCCUACAUCACAGCCUGCUUCAGACAGCUGCCCUCCAGCUUCACGGUGGGAUCUGAUCACCGCCAGAGCAGCUGUGAGAACAAGCCUCUUGAACCAGGCCAGGAGUACGUCUUCUUCCUGCUGGCUGAACUCAACACCACUGCCGGGAAAAUGUUUGCGACCAGCCCCUACACCGACACGGUGAUGACUCCAGAGCUGGUGGUGGACCCGUUGCCAGUGGAGACUGGUGAUGGACUCAUAUGGGUGGUGGGCCCGGUCCUCGCUGUGGUCUUCAUCAUCUGCAUCGUCAUCGCCAUUCUCCUGUACAAAAACAAACCCGACAGCCGCAAAAGAAAAGAGUCAGAGCCACGCACGAAAUGCCUGCUGAACAACGCAGACAUCACACCACACCACCCCACAGACCCUGUGGAGAUGAGACGCAUCAACUUCCAAACUCCAGAUUCUGGUCUAAGCAGUCCUCAGAGCGAUGCAGAUUUUGACUAUGAAAGUAUGAUGAAUCAUCCUCCCAUUCCCAUCUCGGAGCUGGCUGAACACACAGAACUUCUCAAGGCCAAUGACAACCUGAAACUCUCCCAGGAAUAUGAGUCUAUUGAUCCAGGCCAGCAGUUCACCUGGGAACACUCCAACCUGGAGGUGAACAAGCCCAAAAAUCGUUACGCCAACGUCAUCGCCUACGACCACUCCCGCGUCAUCCUGGCUCCCAUCGAGGGUAUAACAGGCAGCGACUACAUAAACGCCAACUACAUCGAUGGUUACAGGAAGCAGAAUGCCUACAUCGCCACUCAGGGCCCACUGCCGGAGACGUUCGGGGACUUCUGGAGGAUGGUGUGGGAGCAGAGAGCAGCCACUGUUGUCAUGAUGACCAGGCUGGAAGAGAAGUCACGGAUUAAAUGUGACCAGUACUGGCCCAGCCGCGGCACGGAAACCUACGGUAUGACACAAGUGACGCUGCUGGACACCAUAGAGCUGGCGACUUUCUGCGUCCGCACUUUUUCCUUGCACAAGAAUGGUUCUAGCGAGAAGCGGGAGGUUCGCCAGUUCCAGUUCACGGCGUGGCCAGACCACGGUGUACCAGAGUACCCGACCCCUUUCCUGGCCUUCCUCCGUAGGGUGAAGACCUGCAACCCACCUGACGCCGGACCCAUCAUCGCCCACUGCAGUGCGGGUGUUGGCCGGACGGGCUGCUUCAUCGUCAUCGACGCCAUGCUUGAGCGCAUUAAGCACGAGAAGACGGUCGACAUUUACGGCCACGUGACGCUGAUGCGCUCACAGCGGAACUACAUGGUGCAGACGGAGGACCAGUACAGCUUCAUUCACGACGCGCUGCUGGAGGCCGUGGCCUGUGGAAACACUGAAGUGGCUGCCCGGAGCCUGUAUUCCUACAUCCAGAAACUGGCCCAGGUGGAGAGCGGCGAGCACGUUACUGGCAUGGAGCUGGAGUUUAAGCGUUUGGCCAACUCCAAAGCCCACACGUCGCGUUUCAUCAGUGCCAACCUUCCUUGCAACAAGUUCAAGAAUCGGCUGGUCAACAUCAUGCCCUACGAGACCACACGUGUCUGCCUGCAGCCAAUCAGAGGCCUGGAGGGAUCUGACUACAUCAAUUCCAGCUUCAUUGAUGGCUACAGGCAACAGAAGGCCUACAUCGCCACACAGGGCCCUCUGGCAGAGACUACAGAAGACUUCUGGAGAAUGCUCUGGGAGAACAACUCAACUAUUGUAGUCAUGUUGACCAAACUCAGAGAGAUGGGACGGGAAAAGUGUCACCAGUACUGGCCGGCAGAGCGCUCUGCCAGGUAUCAGUACUUUGUGGUGGAUCCCAUGGCAGAGUACAACAUGCCUCAGUACAUCCUCCGAGAGUUCAAGGUCACAGAUGCCAGGGAUGGUCAAUCCAGGACAGUAAGACAGUUCCAGUUCACGGAUUGGCCCGAACAAGGCGUGCCCAAAUCCGGGGAGGGAUUCAUUGAUUUCAUUGGCCAGGUGCAUAAAACCAAGGAGCAGUUUGGACAGGACGGACCUAUCUCUGUUCACUGCAGUGCUGGCGUGGGCAGGACUGGAGUCUUCAUCACCCUCAGCAUCGUCCUGGAGAGAAUGCGUUAUGAAGGGGUGGUUGAUAUCUUCCAGACAGUGAAGAUGCUCCGGACACAGAGGCCAGCCAUGGUCCAGACUGAGGAUGAGUAUCAAUUCUGCUAUCACGCAGCUCUGGAGUACUUAGGAAGCUUUGAUCACUAUGCAACGUAAAAAGCCAUCUCUUUCCCUCCACAAUCCUGCCCCCCUCCCGCCUCGACAGUCUCCUGAGCCAUAGAAACUUUGAAAAUUUUAAAAACGACGACAGCAGACGGUGAUACAACCACCGCUAAUUAUUCGGACGCACCAAACGGGAUCCUGUAGAUUUGUUUUUUUUUUUUUGUUAGUUUUUUUGUUUUUUUUUUCUGUAGAAGACAACGCCCAAACCAACUGAUAAUUCCAAUUCGACUUUUGAAUCGCGUCGCGGCUGAAUCGGAUGAAAAUUGCCCAUCAUUUGGAGAAAAAGAACAUCCUCGGCGGGGGAGGAAUCCGAAGCUGUGGCUCAAGCUGUGGGGAGGGGUAUCGAUCAAAUUGUCAGACUUCUUACCUUACCUCAAGUGUUUCAAUAUGGAGGACAUUGUAAACAUUCGUGGACAUUUCUCAAAAAUACCUUUGUGAGACAACAGUAACAAGCAACAGAUAAUGAAGGAAAAGGAAAGAGGGAAUCAAGGAGAAGCAGAUGGAUGUAGCCAAGACUGGGUGACUCUCUUAUUUUUCUUUUUUUUUUUAUAUGCGUGGGUGUCAAUGGGUUCGAGUAUUUCUACCAACACAUUCUAGGAGGGAUAUCAAGAGGAAUUACUAAACUGUGGAUGCAAGUGUAAACAGAUUUCUCUUUUUCAAACUAUGGUCAUUCAAACAAACAAAAGAGAAAGAAACAGAAUAGCACGAGAAUAAUUCCAUUUGGCAUUAAUUAAAACUUGAGUUUUUACAUUGUUCCGCUAGUAAUUCGUGUGAGCGCACACUUACUCACUCGACUAUUAAACAAAUACAUCACACGUUCUCAAGCACGAGAGCUUACAAGAUCAAAAAAAGAAAAACAGCAACACAUAUCUUAAAAUCUGUUUUAUGAACUGUGCAAAAAUCUGUAUCCUAAGCCAGGUAUAACCACGACGACGUUGAAACGUACCACGGCGUAUUUAGAGUGAAAAUGCUCGCAAAGGGAGGCUCACGUCUCAGUCACCAGAGAAUGCGGGAGGGGGAGGAGGGGGAGGAAACAUCGCCUCUUUGCAAGAAGCUUCCGGCUGGGUCGUCUCGCAGAUGGACAAGGCGGAAGAAAAGGCAAGCGUGUUCCAUGAUCUUUUACAAUCACCCCUCUCUUUGGAAUCAUUGCAACAUCGGGCUGCGGUGUUAACAUCCACCAUUUUGAACAAGAGAAAAAAAAUAAAUAAAUAAAAUCUGGUGGGCGAGACACUUUGGAACAAACCAAACGAGGAUUGCCGAGGCUUUCUUUGUGUACAGUGACCAACGCUCAUCAUCAUCGUUAAGAACUUUUUUGUCUUAUGAGGAAUUAAACUUUUUUUUUUUUUUUUUUUUUUCCAAUUUUCUGUCAAAAACCAAACAUGCUGCUUAUCUUGUGUAUGCUGUACGUGGGACUCUUGAGGGAGAGAGAAAAAAAAAACUGAACAAAAGAUGCCAGCUCUGCUAACUACUCGCCCCCAAGUGGGCAUGACUGAAAGCGCAUCCACACGACGUCAUCAGCUCCCCUUUUUCUUUUUCUUUUUUUCCCAGCCUCCUCUAUAAUCAUCAUCGUUUAAGACGCUCGAGAGUGGCAGAAGCCUUUUGCAGUUACAAAGCUGUACAUUAACGUGGUUAAAAAAAAAAAAAAAAAAUUGGACUUCAGCUCCACUCAUAUGUGUGUUUUGGUGGAAAAACAAAGUAGAUGCUUUGGUAUUUGCCCUCCAUUUUAUAGAUGAUGAGCCUGUGUGGGCGACACAGCCAGACCAAGCAGCCAUGUUGGAUCUCAACGCCAUGAUGUGUUAAUGAAAUUCUUUAAUACAAGUUACUUGCACAUCCCUUAGACAAAACGGAGAAUAAACUUGAAACAAACACCCCCAACACAGCUGCAGGUUGACACGCGAUAUAUGUAUAUGUGUCUGAUUUAAAAGAAGAAGAAAAAAAAAAUCCAGCUUUUGAGACCACCAGGUUUUCAUUCUGAGAUCAGCGCUUUGGUAUAUACACGAGCGUAACGGAUUCUGCAAAGGUUUCCAGUGUGGGGGGGAGGGGAAGGGGGAGGGGGGUGCACAAAAUCCAGAGCGAUGGACAGAACUGUGUGUAAUCUUUUCUUAUUUCCAAAAAAGCCUUAUUGUUAUUGUAACAUUAUGAAAAGCAUUAAUGUUGUAUUAUGACGACUUAUUUUACAUUGCAUAGUUGACUUUUUAUUUUCUUUUCUUCUUUUGUUUUUCGGUUUAGUUUUUUAACAGAGAUGUUGUAUCGCAUUUUUUUAAACUUAGCAGAAAAAGAGAAAUGCUUAUCUGUUCAUAUUAUGUUAAAAGACAUUCUAUUUUUUCACUGUAGAAAAAUUAAGUAUAACAUGUCUGUGUGUACGUGUGCCGAUAUGUACGUACGUAUGUAUCACCGCACACUCACACAUGCAUAUAUAUUUAAAUGCAGAAUAUGAAGAUAUAUCCAGACACUUACUAUGAAUUAAAAUCUUUUCCUUGUCGUCUUUCUUUUACCCCCCGUCGGUUUUCAUGUUUGAAAAUGGCACGUUUUUUUUUUUCUUUCGUUCGUGCGUUUUUUUUUUUUGUUUUUUUUUUUAAAUAUAUAUAUAAAAUCUUAGAGACCUUGUGUGUUUCUUAAGGAAAUCCGCGGGGAUGUCAGCAUCGUGCCUGAGUCCUCCGCCUCUGCUUAAAACUUCUACCCCUGGGUAGAACCUGUGCCCAUGAGGAGAUGCCAUUUUUAAAAUCCUUGUUGAGAUUCUUAAUUGUCAUUAACUUUUAAGCAUUAUAUAUCUCUUUUUUCAAACAAUCGGUCAACAAAAUAUCAAUCAAAAACUUUUUUUUUUUUUUUGGUUAACAAUACCAGACCGUCUCGAUGUACUGUAUCUUGUAUGAUCAUGUACAGAAUAUGACCCUCACAGUUUGUUUUUUUAUUAUUACUUUUUUUCUGACAUAACGUGGCCAUUCAUUUUGUUAGAUAUCCACUAUGAUCUAGAGUAUACCUGUAAAUAAACAAAUAUAUAGAUUAUAUGUAUUUGUAUCAUUUGACCCUCGGGAACUCAUACUUUAUGUGGCGGGGGCAGAAAAACACAGAUCAAGGUUCUGCUCAUGUCCAACUUCCUGGUGUUUGUGAAGCUUGUUUUCUGAGACCUUUUUUUCUCCAGCCCUGCUCCCUGUUCUUUAAUUACCACUCACUUUCUGCCUUCAAUUUCCCCUGCUAGCAGUUAAACCGGGAAACACGCCAGCUUCUCUCUCUCUCUCUCUCUUUUUUUUUUUUUUUGUGACGCCUAUAGCCUCAAUUAGGGCACGAAAUAAGCAUAGCUGAUCAGCUGGUGUAAUUUAGCCAAAUGUGGGAGGUUAGUCCUCUCUGCCACAUAACCACCUGCUAAUCAAUCAUCAAGUCAAAGACCUGGUACGUUUAUAUUCCAAUUGUGGACAGAAAGGCUAAAACAGCUCUAAGGUGUUUUAAAAUUCCCUUGAUGAAUUAGACCUCCAAGGUAAAACAAGAAUUUGAAAGGUGUGUAUUCUUAAUGUUUCCACUACUGCAAGGAACACUAAAACCCAGAGGUGUUCCUCAUUCCUUACAGUAUCCAGCCAAGUCCCUACAGACUUCCAUCUACUGAAAUGCCAAGGUGUUAAUCCAUAAAUGUAUCGUUAGCUGACAGGCAAAAACAUGCUAAAGGCCAUACAUGGUUCAGCUGCAACAUGACAUUUCUUUUCUCCCCUAGUGCAUUUUUUUUAAGCCUUGUAUAGAACCAUACUCUGUGUUUUCCGUUUGGCCAUGCUUCACUAUGGGAUGCAGAGAGAAAUUGGACUUGGAUCGGACUCAGUGAAACAUAGAAGCGCGAUGCUACCAAGGAGAAAUCAAGACAACCAAAAACUAAGUGCUGCAAAUUCACAUUUCCAGCAUGUCGUUUCCAUUCGUUGGGAACCUUGAGAUGUUUCGUAAAGGAACCAAAAGCCUGAAAUUAAGGACUUUGGAAUUCAAAAAAAAAAAAAAAAUGUUGAAGGGGCCCAUGCCAAAACUGAAACUGUGGAAGUCUUUCGAAGCUUGUGAAAAUGUGUUAACUCUUUUGACUUCAUGUAAAGAUGCUAGACUUGAAAACAGUCGCCGAAUUUGUGUCGCUGAAUAUCCUGGGGGAGCGGGGAGGGGGAGGGGGAGGGAUUAACAAGAGAACAACGGUAACAAAAAGAAAAAAAUGACAUCGAAAAGAAUUGAACAUAUACGGUACAAACGGACAAAACGAAAAAAGAACCCAAACACAGCAAAAUUGUUUUUCCUUUGUAUGAGGGCCAAGUGCUAUCACUUUCAAACUGUUACUUCUAACUGAAACAAUAAUUGGUUUAAAGCCACUGUGUAUGUAGAUAUGUUGACUUUGUAUUAAAGAAAUGUUGUCUGAAAACCA